CCUCCGAAGAAAACCCUAGCUCAAAAAAAUUCCCCCCCUCCUCUUCCACUUACAGAUCGGCCAUGGCUUCAACUGAAAUCAGUAGCCGCUUCGUUUUUUUUUUUAAUAACCGUAAAUCUAGAAUUUAAAAUUUCAAAACAUGUUACCUUAUUUCUCAAAUUCAGAGAAGAAAGAAAAGAAGCCAUGGCUUCUCCAUAACUCAGAGAAAUCGAGAAGAUGAAUAUUAAUCUGCUAUUGUGGGUAUGGUGAUUUUGAGAUGCAAGAGACGAAGAAAAGACGAUGUAAAUUGUUAGAGAGACCAAUCUUUCUGUUGAUGAAGAAAUCAGAUCCAGAUGAAUGGGUUCGACUGAAUUUCAAGAGAUGAAAGAAGAUUAGUGAUGGGGUAAAUUUGAGUUGUCUGUUGUUGUAAUUCAGAAGAGAUCAAUAUGGAUUCUUGAACUCAACAGGGUUUUGAUGAUUGAAUCUGGAGAAAUUUAGGGUUUGAAUGAAUUGAAAUGUAUUUGGGGUUUGUUCAACUGCGUACAAGGGAGAAAGAACUGAAUCUGAGAUGGGCUUGUGCAAAUUGGUUCAAAUUUAGGGUUUACAGUUAUUCGAUUCAAGAUGGGUGUGUUGAAUUGCUGAAUCAGUUGUUAUUGAUGGAGUUGCAGGUGGAUUUGUGAACUGUGAUAUCUGGUUGAUUGGCUAGGGAUUGAAUAACUGGUGAAGCUAUAAUCUGGUAGUGAUGCUUAGAAUAAUCGGAUAACCAUACUCAACUCGACUAUGAACAUAUUGUAUCAUUUCCAUAUUCUAUUCCGGCUGAUGCGUUCACAACUAUGAAUGACCAGCAAGCUGACGAGCAUUUAGAUUUGCAGAAGAAACUAAAGAUAUGGACUCGAAAAUGUCUAUCGGCGAAACUAAAUUCAUGAACUUGAUAGAGAAAGAACUGCCUAUUUAAUUGAACAACCAUAUUAAAGAUGAAGAAAAAAUCUCAUCACAACCUUGUGCACGAGCUCUGACAAAUGACUGUAAUGGGAACAAUACUGAUUCAUAUACUUUGGUAGCUAAGAAAGACCAAGCUAGUGAACAAUCUGGUAAUUUUUAUGUCUACAGUUCUUAUGGACUGUAGAUCUUAGUCCUUUCAAGCACAUUGUGGAUGACGGGCUCGAGCUAAGAAAGCAGCUUUUGAAUGUGUUGACACAUUUCUCGAUAGUUGUCUCGAUCAAGUGAAUCCUUCCUUAUUCAUUGUUCCAUACCUUUCGGAUGAUUAUUAUAAUGUCAAAAUGCCUUGCCAUCUUAUACUCUCGAAGCUUGCAGACAAGUGUCCUGCUGCUGUUCUCGCAGUUUUGGAUUCUUUGGUUGAUCCUCUCCAAAAAACUAUCAAUUUACAAGCCGAAGCUAGAUGUUGCUGUGAAGCAAGUAGUGGAUCGAAACGAGGACAUGAUCAGGAGUGCUCUUCGAGCAAUCUCUUCUUUGAGCCGCAUAAGCGGAGGAGACUGCGGUCUUAAGUACAAAAGCCUUAUGAGUGACAUAAUGAAAUCAAUAGGGUUAAGCGGCAAGUAUAUGAAUAGUGAUUGCUUUGUCAGUAAAACAUUUCUAAGAGCUGUCUUAGAUGAGAAUGGUAAGCAACAAUCCACCACUCAUGAAAUCUAUGUGAAUGUAUUACCUACAUGCGACAUAAACUUGUAAGAGCUGAAGGAAAUGGUCAAUAUCCUGUGUUCCAGUUCUAUGUGGAUGCAUUAUGAGAAUAUAUGUGGUGAUUAACAACACUGAAAAGAAUCUAGUGUAUUUGGUGAAUGAUUACAUUGUAAAUUGUUGAUGAAUCAAGUGUUUGAAUGCUUUCACAUUUUAAUGGUUUACAUUUUAAUGAA